AUGGAAGGAGUAGUACAAAACAUCCCCGUGAAAGAAAAUAGUGUAGAGAAAAUUACAAUAGAAUUAUACCAGAAGAAAAGCCGCAAGAAAAUGAAAGCAUAACACAAAAAACCAAAACCAUUAAAAGCUAAGAGAAAAGAAAAAAACCAAAGGAUACUACUGCUCCCAGGCAAACCUCUUACAGGAUAUGUUUAGAUUUUUUAAAUGAAAGAAGAGAAAGUUUUAGAACAGAAAACCCAAGUCUUUCUUUUGCUGAUAUUACAAAAAUGUUGGCCAGUGAGUGGGGAAGUUUGCCGACAGAAAAAAAACAACAGUUUUUUAGAUGCAGCCGAACAAGAUCGAGAAAGAUACACAAAGGAGUAUGAAGCUUAUAAACAAACUGAAGCUUAUAAGAUUUUUUAUUGAGCAACAAAAAGAGAAGAAAUCUAAAGACAACAGUCCUAAAGAUGAAGUUAAACUACCUAUCAUAACUCAAUCAAGUCCUGUGGUCAACAAAGAACCUCAUGAUAUGGAUUUUAGUAACUUUGAUAUCCCAAUAUUUACUGAAGAAUUUUUGGAUCACAACAAGACUAGGGAGUCAGAGUUAAGACAGUUGCGAAAAAUAAACACUGACUAUGAACAGCAAAAUGCUAUUCUGCAAAAACAUAUAGAAAAUAUGAGAGGAGCUAUAACUAAAUUGGAGACAGAAAUAAAUCAGCAAACAAAAAACAAUUCUGCAUUGCAACAGCAUUUGGAGCAUUUACAAAAUACUUUAACCAAUGGUUUUGGGGGGGGUGAAAUUGCCAGGAAUUAAAGAAGUUGCCACUCUGCAAAAUAUUGAUACUUAUAUGACUAAUUUGCAUUCAAUUUUAUUGGAGAACAGCAGUCAUGACACAAACUUGCUCCAAACUGUCCGUGACAUUGUCUCAAAGUUAGAGUUCAAUGGAUGA